CUGUGAGGUCGAAUUGAGUUAUGCAUUAACGUCCACAGUCGCCCUCCCUUGAUGCGCCUGCGCGCUAUGACGCAAGGCGCCGCUUUGUAUCCGAGCAACAGGCGGCGACGCCAAGACUCCCAAGAGUGAGACCUCAGACUGCUGAACAACGCAAACUUCUACCGAGUUCACAGAACUUUUUUUGCUCAGAAUUCUGGUGUCAAACGUAAGUCUAGCUUGGUAUUAAAUAUUCGCCGCACACGUGCACACGGCUGAGCGUGAGUUUGCGCCCCUCCACUCUGAAAUCAAAAGAUGGACUGAUGGGUCACCGCAUUGGACGUUUUUCCGGAUUACAUCUGAUGUCUUCAGUUUUAAGAGACUAAAAGCUCAAUUCGCAUUCGCAUAGGGAUUUGAACGGAAUCGCUGUCAGGUAGGGUGUUCUGCUUUCUCGUUGGGACUUCAACCCCUUUUAAGACAGACUGAAUCCUUAAGUGACGCUCUCAUGACUAGCUAUUCCUGACUCGAGUCUUCGUGGUGCCCAUAAUGACAGACCUGGCAGACUUGGGCGCGUUCCGCUGCAGCAACUGCAGUAUGACGUUCCGGUCCCUAAGCCUCCUGGACAAACACCGAGAGAAGUUCUGCAUCGGCAGCGACAUCGGCGACCCGACAGUUUUGAAACUGCGGCUUGGAGAGUCCUGGAACGAGAAGGGCGGACGGCGUGAUGAGUGGAGCUGGAGAGAGCGGAAAAGAACGACGACCCCCGACUUCAUCACGCUACGACAGCAAAGAGACAGAUUGGCGAGGAGGGACCCACAAGUGCCAGAAGUCGCAAAUGAAAAGCUGAGGGGCCCACAGCAGGACUCUCAUGGCCAUGAUGUGCUGGCAUCAGAAAGUCUGGCUCUGAGAAAACUCACUAAUGAGUUUCAGAGACUCAGGAUGUCCAUCCAGGAAAGCAUGUCAACCAAGCCAGUGCAGUGGGAGCCACAGGUUGAGGUGACUCAUUCCUUGAACCGUGAAUGGGAGCUCAAAGAACAGGUGCGGGAGAUGGUGGACACACACGAACAACACUUGGCUGAAAUACAAGCUCGCAACCAGGAACUGGAGCAAAAGAGAGAUGAGAUUAGACGGAGGCUGUCAGAGUUGGCAAGUCGAGACUCGGCUGCUGCCCAUAUUGAGCGUGUUCUCCUGGAGCUGAGGGCACAAGAAGAACGCAAUCAGCAAGGUUUAGAUGACCUGCGGCAGCAGAUUGAGGCCCUUCAGGCCGAAGCCACGACUAAAGCUGACCACGUUGCCCACACCAGCUCACACCCUUCUAACCCCAUGGAGAGGAAGGACCUGCAUGUGUCAUUUAACAUGAUGCCCACCGCCAUCAGAGAUGGCACCCUGUCUUCUGAGAUCAGUGCCCUUCGACUGAUGUAUCUACAAAGUGGAGGAAAUGAUCCCCUCAUCAUGGCCCACAUGCAUGAACUGCAAGCAGAGGCGCAAGGUCUGGAACGGAGUACACAGAAAGCAGAAUAUAAGGAAAAGAAACGGAGGUCACAACCUCAUCCACGGGGAAUUGACUCAGAGCUGUUUGCUGUACAGAUGGAGAACGAGCGCCUGGAGGACGAACUUCUGCGCCUGCAGCUACAGCGGGAGAAGCGCAAGGCCAAGGAGGAGUCCAGUGGUGUGGAUAUUCAAGAUCUCCAGCGUGAACACAUGUGGCAAAUGGCCAGCUUGCAGGCAGAAAUCGAGAAGCUGAAACAGGACAUGGAACGCACAAAGACCUUAAAGGAGAAAGCAGCACCACCUCCUCCACCACCUCCUCCUUUGCCUCCUCCACCAGCACUGUACCCGGCCCUGCCUGGAGUACACAAGCCUGCGGAUCGCAUGAAGCCUCAGACCCCACUAAUGGGCACUCACGUCAUGGAUCCUGCAGAUACACUGGGCCCAGCGCCGUAUGACCCUGCUGCAGGAUUUGUGGUGUUCUAUGAUUUUCUGACAGGCCUGGAGAGCACCCUGCGCCUAGUAAGACUAGUUGUUGGGCUGCACAGCAAUGGGCAUGAGAUGAGUAGGCCUGCCCCUCUGCCAACGGUGCACUGUGAGAUGGGCGCCUCCCUGCAGUUCCUAACAGAAGGGAGUCCAGGAAGUAUGGCAUUAUUGUCUGUCAAGCAGCCCAUCCCCAGAGUACAUCCAUCUCCCCUUAUCUCCCUGGUAGUAGAACUGCAGGCAGCUGGAGGAUUUGACACUUAUGGACAGGAGAUUCAACGCUUAGUCUCUCGUGGAUGGACCAAGUUCAAUAUCUUUGAUCAGCACAACCAAGUAAUUAGUGGGUUCUGGAAGGUGCCUUUUCGCAUCUUGCCAAUGAGACCAUCUCUGUCUACUGGACAGCUGAAUGCAGUGCCACAGGUGGGCCAUGCUGAACUGUACCUACGCAUUGUUAAUGCCAGAGACGCUGACAUGCAGACACUGGCAAGUGUGGAUCCUGGCAAUGCAUCAGCAUACAAAUACCCCCCAAUGGUGACUGUUCACGCUCCAGCUGUCAGAGCCGAGAACCCAUCUGUUCACCACUCCUCUCUUCAUGCCCAGAGCAAUCAUUACCUUUCCUUCCAUCCCCACUCUGAUUACAGUGACCCUCCCCCUGUGGAGAGUGGCGCAGUGCAUUUUAGAACCAACCAGAGUGAGCUCACUCAACAAGCUGGGCAUCCAGUGCUGGGUUUUAUAGUGGAUCGUGUAAAGGAUGCCCCACCGGGAGAGGGAAGUCUGCGCCUAACUGGCUAUGAUCAGCGCUCUGGUCGGGUUGUCUUCACCAAGAAUUCUGCCUUGGAGUGGGCCACUUUGCCUGUGCAAUCUGGAAUUAAGCAGGGAUACUUCAUCUUUGGGGAACAGGAGAUGCCAUUUAGUGACUUGGAACCCCAUAAAGACAUGAUUCUUUUUGUGAGGUUCUACUACUGGCCAAGUGAGAGCUUUGCAACUCCUGCCCCCCAAAAAGCAACACUAAGUGACUGUGAGGAAUACGUUGUUGCCUGGGGCCUACUCAAGCUGACCCAACCUGCUGCACCACACAUGCAGCUGAAGGACAAGAUGGAAGUUGUAUGGAACUGUGGCACACACUCGUUACCCCUCUACCAUGUGCCAGUGCCCCCUGCUAUUAGCCUCAAUGCAUUGCAGCCUGCUGACCGCUUCCUGGAAGCAUUUGAACCAUACGGAAACUCCACAGUGCGGCUUCAUAUCUUCAGUGGCCAGAGGCCUGAAUUCCCUUUUCCACCGGAAUCUCCAAUUGACACCAAUAUCUCUGAGGAGUGGCCCAGUGCGGCCUUCAUUUAUCGUCAGAGGGAGAAUCCACCAGCAGAGCCAUUUGUGUCCGGGGAUGGCAUUGAUCUUUACAUUGAUGGAGCUCGUUUUCUACCAGAUGCUGUGACCAUUAGCCGAGUCACAGGCCGCAUCUUUGACAGGAAUUACAAUCAGUUUGGUCCGGACAUUUCCACAGGAAUUGAUUUGAACAGCAACAUCUUUGAGCCGCAUUACAAUGAGCGUGUGGAGCUGAGGCACCCAGCGCUGCCACCAUCUGCCAUUCUUCUUCUGAAGGUGUACACUGUGGACCGUUUCUCUCUCAAGCUGGUGCUCAUCGGAUGGGCAGCACUCAAUCUCUUUGUAGAGUCUGGAUGUGACAAGCAGCCCAGUGUGGACUCGGGAGGCUUACAGAUUUCCCUAAAUGAGGGGGCUCACCAGCUCCGUCUCUACUACAACGGCCCUGAUCCUGACAAGCCCCUGACUGUCAGCUCCUUUACCACGACAGCUAGGAUUGUCCCCUGUGCCUCUCUGCUGGUACGGCUGUUCAAGACUCAACUGUCAAGAAGUAAAAUCCCCCAAGAAGACUUGGGUGCAGUAGGCCUCUUCCAGUCAAGACCUGACUACAGUGAUGGUGUUUACCUCUCAGAGAGCAUAAAGCCCACCAAAGGAGAGGCCUGCCUGUAUAACGCCAUGUUGAACAGGUCGGUUGUGUUGGUGAGAGAAAUGGUCUACUUUCUGGCAGGUAACCGUGCUGGAGAGCUGAAGACAGAUGCUGCCAUGGUGGACUGGAUCAGCCAACGGUUGAAUCGGUUGAUGGACAGCAAGCCCCAGUCCUUCAACCUGAGCUUCAUUUCCCGCUACCUGACAGCUUAUGGAGUGAAGGUGUCGGUUGACCGUGGCAAAAACCUACCAUGGCCUGCAUUUACCUUGACAUUAAUCUCCUUCAACCCUCCUGCAGCAUUCUACCAGGGAGCUUCCGGGGUGAAGUAUGACAGGCCAGUGUUUGUGGAGAAACUUGAUUUUAACAGUGAUCAGAGCAGCCCAGCUUGGUUGGAUGGAUUUAAGACCUUCCCUAAGAGGAUCCAUGACCGAUUCCUAACAGUGAUUGUGCACCUCCAAGCGAUCACAGUGGCUAGCCAGGAGUCAACCAGCAGCAACGAUAAGCCGGACAAAGCCAACACGCAGCAGCAGCAACGGACCAAAGUACUGACCACGUACACUCUGGGCAGCCAGGCCUGGGCAGCCAUGCCAGUCUUCAACCAGCAAUAUUGUAAUACAGGAGUGUUCCAGCUGCCCCUGUAUCAGGGUUCUCCUUCAGUGGAGGUUCUAAGGGUCCUGUCUCAGGGGGACUGCUUAACAGUCUUGGAAGACCUGAAGAGAAAAGAGCAGAUUCACCUUCUGAAAGGGGCAUCUGUAUUUAUCCGGAUAGCAGACGGAAGACGUGAAGAAGAGCUAGAUCCUCUCCGGUUGAAGGAUAUCGACCAGACUGCACUGCCAGAUGACCAGAAGGACUCCUACAACAUGGAGCAGCUUGGCACCAGCUUGUCUCAGCUAAUCCCAGCAGGGAGGCCAACUCCAGAGUUCUCUCAGCAGCUUGCCAACAAAUUCAAGCAGCUGGUUUACCAAACACUAAGAAGCAAGCCAGAAACUGCUGCAGACCCAGCGAGGCAAUUGUGACAUGACCAGUCUGAAGCAAAGAACAAGGAGAUACAAGGACUGAAAAAUAAAGAGUUUGCAACCUUUUGUUUAAUUGUCCCCACAAACCUCCACACCUACAAACUGCCAGCAAUUUUUUUGUGGGGGGUUUUAGUUGAACAAACAUCUUUAAGUACGAUUGCAGCACCAUCCAAUUCUUCAUUAUCCAUGUCAAAUGAGUCAAUGAUAUUAGCAGUUUCUGCAUUGGCCAAAUUAUUCCAUUUCUAAAGUGGGGGGUUUGGGGGUGAGAAACACCCAUAUGCACCUACUGCAAGUGUGGAUGCAGAAACACCACCACAGGAUUCUUAAACUUAUUCUGAAAACAAUCUAUUUUAAAUCCCUCUUAAUGUAUAUUGCCUCGAACAGUUUUGUGACUUUUUUUUGCCGAGAACUGAACAAAGUCACCAUUUAGUCUUUUGCCAAAAUUUUAAAGAGUUGGUCUGACACCUACAGAACCAAGUCUGAGUUUUAAAACUUUCACCCUGCAAAAUGUCAAACUCCAUAUGUAGAGAGCAUCCUGAAGAACUGCAACUCCCUUAAGUGGGAUAUUGAAAGAAUCCCUUUUCACAAAUAAGCUUUAUUGAAAUUUACUACAAUUUUACAAAAAACAUGAAAAGUAUGUACAAAAAACCAAAAAGCAAUGAACAGGGGUGCUUCGUUGAUGUGGGCAAGAACUGCCAUCUUCAAGGAAAUCAUGCAGAGGUCUCUACUGAAACAGCAGACUGGGAGGGCUAAACAAAGACAAAACAAAAUUUAGAACCCAGAAUAAAAAAGUGAAAGCAGGGAACUGCUAAACAGGAUGUCCCCCAAACUAACAUACUAUUUCUCUUGCAUUAAUUUCUUCUUGUUGCCAUUUAAUGGAUAUCUAUAUAAAACCACACUAUCUGAUCUACUGAAAAAAGCAAGAAACCAAGCUUUACCCAGUUAAAUACUGAAUUUACUAGCCAAUUCUGAAGUUUAAAAAUUUUACCACUGACUGAGAUACUCAGAGUGGCUUUAGGGUGAAAAAUAAGGUGGUUCGGCUUAAGCUGUACUAUCCAAAUUUCUGCUAUAACUAAAAACCAUUGCAAAACAACUCGCCUCCUCUUCCAUUUUCUCAACUCCAUUGCCAUUACUGGCAGGUUCCUCUGCACCAUUUACUGCUGUCUCUGGUUUGGACUUUUUAGCUUCUUUUAUUGGGCUCUCAUCUUCAGGUUUUCUCUAGAGUGAUAAAAAAAGUUUAAAAAGGGAGGGG